UGUACCACACCGACGACUCCAAUGUUUAAAUGAUUGCUAGCCUAUGCUUUUUAAAAGUGUGGGAUGUAACAAUGGAAAAGUAAUCUGACCAUACAAUAGGAAAAAAAAAAAUAAACAAGAAGAGGUGAAUCACGUGGCGGUAAAACGUUCGUUGUAUCUAAAACGCUAUCGUUUUAGUGUUUGCCGCGUAGGUGUGGCGUUGGAACCAAGCGCACACAAAGUGAAAGUUGGAAAAAAAAAAAAAAGACGAGAGGCACACAAAAAGAGAGACCCAAAACCAAAACUUUCAAGCAAAGCAAAAGGAGCAAUUUCAAUCAAAAACCCAAUACGACGAUCUUUGAAAGUUUCGUUUUUUUUUUGUUCUCGUCGAAAAAUUCGAGCUUUUGGUAGUAGUAUUGUUCGGAUAAGUUCUCGGAGGUGUGUGAGAUUGAGAAUUUUUGAUAGGUGAGGAGGAUUUGUGAUUUUGGGCGGGCUAAAUGGUGAUGCAGACGGACGCUAGGGUUGGUGUGAGCUCAGGGCAUGGCGUAGCGUCUUCCUCUCAUCGUUUAACGCAAUACCAGAGAUCACAUAUCGAAUCGGCGUCACAACUCUUAGCCGGUGGACUCGCCGGUGCUUUUAGCAAAACUUGUACUGCCCCUCUCUCUCGCCUCACUAUUCUCUUCCAGGUGCAAGGUAUGCACUCAGAGGCAGGAGCUCUAAGAAAGGCAAGCAUAUUGCACGAGGCAUCACGGAUAUUGAAUGAAGAAGGAUUCAAGGCUUUUUGGAAAGGGAACCUGGUUACAAUUGCUCACCGGCUUCCCUAUUCUUCCGUCAAUUUCUACGCAUAUGAACACUACAAGAAGUUCAUGUAUAUGGUUACUGGGAUGGAAAAUCACAAGGCGAGUAUAAGUUCAAACCUUUUUGUACAUUUUGUAGCCGGUGGUUUGGCUGGAAUUACAGCUGCUUCUGCCACUUAUCCGCUUGAUCUUGUUAGAACUCGUCUUGCUGCUCAGACAAAAGUAAUUUACUACACGGGUAUCUACCAUACUCUGCGCACUAUCAGCACUGAUGAAGGUAUCUUGGGCCUCUACAAGGGACUUGGAACAACGCUUGUGGGUGUUGGGCCUAGUAUUGCCAUUAGCUUUUCUGUGUAUGAAUCAUUGAGAUCUUAUUGGAGGUCAACUAGGCCACAUGAUUCCCCUAUCAUGGUCAGUCUUGCUUGUGGAAGUCUUUCAGGAAUAGCAUCUUCAACAGCUACGUUUCCACUGGAUCUGGUGAGAAGAAGGAAGCAGCUAGAAGGAAUAGGCGGGCGAGAGGUAGUGUACAAGACAGGUUUGCUAGGGACAUUAAAGCGUAUUGUUAAGACGGAAGGAGCGAGAGGCUUGUACAGAGGAAUUCUUCCAGAGUACUACAAAGUUGUACCUGGUGUUGGGAUAUGCUUCAUGACAUACGAGACACUGAAGCUUUACUUCAAGGAUGUUUCCUCAAGGCUAUAACGGUUUAAAAUGUUGGUAGGUUUUUUAGGUCUAUUUUUGGUGAGAGGGAAAAAACUGUAAACCAUAAAGCGAAAAUGGUAAUGGGCUUUAUACGAAAUGAUAUGUAUACGAAAUGUAGAAUAAUUUAUAUGUAUUGUUUGGUUAAUAUAUCAAUUGAUUUAGCUUUAUACGAA